CAGAAUCUUCUUUCUUCUCCUUCUUCACUGAGAAUCUCUGCCGCCGAGGAUAUGGAACCAGCCGGAGCUGCUGCUGCUGAUGGGGGAGUAGGAGGCACAGACGACCGGAUGAUUAGCAAUUACGCAACCGCUGCUGCUGCUGCUGCUGCUGCUGAAUCUAUUCCCAUCAUCAGCGUCACGCAGCAUUCACCAGCCGCUUCCAAGGCCUUCUUCAUUUUAGAGGACAACCUUCGGCAGUUGCACGGCAUCCAGGAGAGUAUCCAGCGGAUGAGACAAGUCAGCGUGCAGACACUACGACUCCAGUCGCAGGUGGGCAGGAGACUUCGCUACGGAGGAGUCGGCGCUGGAUGCAACUGGAGCCUUUCCUGCCCGUCGCUGAGCGGAAGUGGCGGUAGCGGUGGUGGCCAAGGAGGAGUUGCGUCUGGAUUGGCUGGCCACGGAAAUGGCAAUAACAACGAGGCAAAUUGGCUGGGUGCCACGCUGGCCGAUUGGGACUCGCCCACUCCGCCCGGAAUGGCCGCUCAUUAUUGGGUCGGAGGAGAUGGAGGGCCCAGUCAUAAGGCCGGCCUGGCCAACGGAUCGAAGCGGCGACGCAGCUGGGCCAGCCCGUGGGAAGUGGACGAGAUGGGAUUGGCGUCAGCCGGAGGCACAUGUGGCAUCACUUACGAAGAGGCAGGAGGAGGAGGAGCUCUGGAUGGAGUCGGCGGACGGACGAGGAGCAUCAGUUUGAGCAGCGGCGACACGGAUAACGAGCAAGACGCCGCCGGAGGUGGUCACUCGUCAAGGGCCCGACAGGCCGGAAUUACCACCUCGUCGUCGGCUCUGUCGUCCGGCGAACUCAAAGUCCUGGCCGGACGGCACUCGACCCACUCACUCAACGACAUGGGAUUUCCCUUGAUUCCGGCGCUGCCGACGAAACCGCGCGGAAUGUCCAAGGACGGCGGUGGUGGCGGGCGGGACGGCGAUCCAUCCAAGUGGCUGUCGCCGCGCAUUUUGACGCUGCAGAAAUCCAUUUCCACUCCGUCGAUCCUGGCCGUCAAGGACGGGUCCAAUUUGACGGCCCUGACUUUGUCGAGCAUCAAGAACUCGACGGGCGGUUCCAAUUCGGCCAGCAGCGCGGCAUCCGUCACCAUGGCCGCCGCUAUCAUUGGCCCUUCCGUCGGACCCGGCGCUUCCGCCGCCGGAAUGAUGGCCAAGGAAACGCAGGGCAUCCUGAUGACGGCCACAGCGGCUGGACCGACUUCGCCGGGGUUCGAGAACGACGACGACGCCAAUUCUUCCAAGAGACGGAAGCGCGGCAGCAUCUUCUUCCGCAAGCGCAAAGACAAGGACAAGGAAAAGGACAAGAGCAAAUUGAAGCAGCCGCACCAGUUUGUGCCCGUUUGCCAUUCGAAUUCCCAGCCGUGCGACGUUUGCUCCAAAUCGCUGACCAACAAGGCGGCCCUGCGCUGCGAGAGCUGCGCCAUCACCGUCCACGAGAACUCGUGUCGCGACCAGGUCAGCGACUGCACCCGGUUCAAAGUGCCCAAGAACAUCCCGCUGGGAUGGAAAGUCUCGUCGCUGGCCAACCUGACGGGCGCCGGGCACGCCAAACUCCAGUCGUCGCACUCGGCCGUCGGGGCCGCCGCUUUCACGGCCUCCAAUCCUUCGUCGGCCGGCUCCUCCCUUUACUACUCGGUGUCGUCCUCGUCGGCCGCCACUUCCGCCGGACUGUCGGCCAUCAACAAUCACGUGACGGCCGGAUCGAGUGCCAACAACAGCGGCAGCACCUGGUCGGUGGCCCAGUCGAUCGGCUCCACCCUGCCGUCGUCGUCCAAUUCCUCGUCGACGGCCGCCACCAACACGCCGGCCUCCUCCUCACAGACGCCCAGCACCCCCAUCGCUAGUCCGCCCUUCGGCAACAGCGCCGUUAGCAAGCUCAGCGGCUUGUCGCAACGGUCGCAGUGGAAGCGCGUCGCCGCUAAACUCGGCGUCAACAAAUGCGGGGCCGGCGCCGACAAGGAUCCCAAUGAUCCGAGCAAUACUCCCAGCGAGGAUCAACCCAGUCAUGCAACCAACGAAGGAGAUGGACACGACACCAUCGAAGGAGUUUUCAAUGCUGCCGAUAUCAAAGACUUGGAUCUGGACCCCGAGCUGGGCAUCCUGGACGAAGAGGCCGAGGCCUGGGUGGGCACGGUCGACAAGAAAAUCUCCAAGAAAUUGAAGGAGAAGGAAAUCAAACGACAGGAGCACAUUUACGAGUUUAUCAUCACCGAGAAACAUCACUGCCUCACGCUCAAAGUCAUGCAAAAGAUUUUCGCCGAAGGAAUGCGGAGGGAGAUGCGGCUGAGUUCGGAGACGGUCGACAGGAUCUUCCCGUGCCUGGAGGAGCUGAUUGAGUACCACCUGCAGUUCCUGCGCCGCCUGAGGCAGCGCCAGCGUCAGGAGUCGAUCGUGUCGACCAUCGAGGACAUUCUGCGGGUCCAGUUCUCCGGUCUGCUGGGCGACCAGCUGUGCUCUCUAUACGGUGAAUUUUGUAGCCGCCACCAGGAGGCGGUGUCCAUGUACAAGGAGAUGAUCAAGGAGGAUCGCAAGUUUGCCGCUUUCGCCCGCCAGUGCACGUUGAAUCCGCUGUGCAAGAAGAAGGGCAUCCCCGAGUGCAUUCUCUUUGUCACGCAGCGCAUCACCAAGUACCCGCUCCUCAUCGAUCCUCUCAUCAAGACGUCCAGGGAGCAGCCGGAAGAGUGUCUCAAACUCCAGCAAGUCCUCGGCUUCGUCAAGGACAUUUUGAUUGGAGUCAACGCCCAAGUGGCCGAAAAGGAGCGCAAGUUGAGGCUGAUUGAAGUCUACAACAAGAUCGACGCCGAAUCGGCCACCACCUACAAGAACAAAAAGUUCAAAAAGUCGGACCUCCUCUCCAGCAACCGGCGGCUCAUGUUCGAGGGCGUGGCCUAUCUCAAUCACGCCAGGGGCAAAGUCCAACUGGUCACGGUCGUCGUCCUCUCGGACGUUGUUUUCUUCCUUCAGGAGUCGAACCAAAAAUUCCAUUUCGUCACUCAGGACAACAAGGCCGGAGUCAUUUCGCUGCAAAAGUUAUUUGUCCGCGAGAAAGCCGGCGGCCAGGAUACGCGGAGCAUUUACUUGAUCAGUUCCAAUCCGGACGAGCCGGAAAUGUACGAGCUGCAGUGCCAGAAUCCGCGCGAGAAGCGCAUCUGGAUCGAUACGAUCCGGGCGGCCGUGGAACAGUGUCCGGAAGACGAGGAAGGGAACGUGAGCGAAGGUGAGGAGCAGCGCAAAAUCCGCGAGGCCCAGGACAUUAAGACCCGCCAGCUGAUCGCCACCCUGAGGGAGAAGGAUCGACAGCUGGGCAGUUUGCUGGAAGAGAAGAUGGCCACCUUUUGCGAGCUGGUGGAGCUGCUGGCCAACAACGAGGACAGCACCAGCUCCUGGCUCCUCCUGGGCUCGGACAGCGCCCCGCCCAAAUACAGUCACCUGGUCGAGCAGGGAUUCCAGUCUGCCCAGGCCAAGGAAACGCUGUCGCAGGCCAUGACGAAACUCUGCCGCCUCCUGGGUUUGCUCCUCUCCAGCAACGCGGCCGCCAACUGGAACUUGUCCCGCAGCGUCAGCUCGGUGGGCGAGAGGCACAGCGACACGUUCUCGAUGCCUCUGCUGCCCAAACGGGCCGAAACGUUCGGCGGAUUCGACCAGAACGGCAAGGAGAAGGGCUGCGUCAAGAAGAAGUCGGCCACCGAUUUGACGGCCGUCGAGUCGACGACAACAACAACGAACAACCAACGAACAACCGGCUUCCUGGUCGGCCCAGACUCCGCCCGUCUUGCAGUUGAACGGCGACCAACAGGCGAUGGGAUUGGAGCUGGUCCACAACGUCAGCACGCUCCUGUGUCUGUUGUCCAGUCAAGCGACGGCCUUUGAAUCGUUGCGCAACCAUUUCCUGGCCGAGAUCAAAGCCAGUCACAGCGGAACGGCCCUGACGUCGGCUCCUUUCGGCUCCUCGUCGGCCACUUUGGCCAAAUUCCAGCACAAGGCCAGUCAC